AUUGUGCUAUAAAAUAUUGAGAAGAGAUUGUCUUGGUUAUGCUCGACUAAACGAACGCAACCAAUCACUAAGUAGGCUAUGGGUUUGGGUGAGGUGAACGGAGGCAGAAAGUGUACGACGACUGUCGAGGACGGACGCGAGUUACAGCUGCUCGGAGAUACUACAAUCUGGCGUACGAGGUUUGAGGAUUGAAAAGAAAAAGCGGAACGAAACGGCAACUAUUAAAGAUGGAGGAAGCACGCCCGGUUCCCCCAUUCCGUUGCAAUCAAAUCGAAUCGGGAAAGCUAUCCAAGGAAUGGAAGGCGUGGAAGGAGUCGCUCGAAUGUUAUUUCGCAGCGUAUAACAUCACGGACCAGCAACUGAUGCGAGCUAAGUUGCUACAUCUUGGCGGACCUGCGUUACAGACGGUUUUCAAAAACUUGCGUGACCGUGAUCACAUUCCGAUUGUCUCGUUGGUCCCGAACUGGUACGAUGCUGCGGUGGACAAAUUGGACGAAUUUUUUGAACCCCGACAUCAAAAUACAUCUGAACGCCGGAAAUUACGCUCAAUGAAGCAGAAGUCAGGAGAACGAUUUGCGGAUUAUGUCAUUCGGCUCAAGCAACAAGUCUCGGAGUGUGGAUUCGACAAAUAUGGAUCGGAGAUGGAACAAAUAUUAGUCGAAAUUCAUUUGACAGAUGCUGUUGUGGAAGGAUGCAGUUCAAACGAAGUUCGUAAGCGGAUUUUGAUGAAAGACUUGCCAUUUCCGGAUAUUGAAGCUUUGGGUAUUGCUCAGGAAGGAGUUGAACGGCAGUUGGCAGAUAUCACAAAUUCGCCACCGGAAAAAGUGUAUCGUGUCGGACCGCCACAGAAGCAACAAGGUGUGAAAGCGGAUUUUUUUGCUCGUGACAAGCCCCGGGACAAGUCGUGUUUUAACUGCGGGCGCACUGGACAUAUUGCCACGGCUUCGAUCUGUCCUGCUCGUGGGAAACAAUGUCGCCAUUGUAAACUGUAUGGCCAUUUCGAGAAGUUGUGCCGCAAGAUGAAACGCAAUGAGGCUAUGGACCGUACUGAAAAGAAAGUCCAAGCAGUUGAGGAUAAAAGCAACAAAGACUACGAAGCAACGGAUAUGCGCGCUGAUGAAGACGAAAAGCCAGAAAAAGCUUACUACGCUUUUUAUUCUGGUAAUGAGUCUAAUGUGAUCCCAUGCACUAUUGGUGGUGUGAAAAUUGAAAUGCUGGUAGACUCCGGAGCGGAUGCAAAUCUCAUCAGUGACAGCGCAUGGAUCAAUCUGAAGAACGAACGGGUCUCUGUUGUUUCCUCUACCAAAGGCAGCUCUCGCAUUCUUCGUGCGUACGGUAGUGAAAACCCGUUAGAGGUGCUUGGAUCUUUCGUAGCAAAAGUGGCAGUGGGACUGAAGGAAGCAACAGCAGAAUUCCUGGUGGUGCGAGGCGGUCAACGUUGCUUGUUGGGUGAUAAAACUGCUAAGUUGCUCGGCGUCUUGAAAGUUGGUUUGGAUAUCAAUGUAGUCAAAAGAGAGCAAACUCCUUUUGCAAAGAUUCGAGGAAUCAAGGCACAUAUUCAUUUGGAUCCAAAGUUUGUGCCAGUUUUCCAGCCAAUGCGUCGUAUUCCAAUUCCAAUGGAACAAGCGGUAAACCAAAAACUGACUGAGUUGAUGAAUCGUGACAUAAUCGAAUUGAAGUCUGGACCGGCUAGCUGGGUGUCUCCAUUGGUGGUGGUUGGUAAGACGAAUGGCGAACCACGAUUGUGCCUUGAUCUGCGUCGAGUAAAUGAAGCAGUCUUGCGUGAACGACAUCCAAUGCCAGCAGUGGACGACUAUUUGGCACGUGUUGGUAAGGGCAAGAUAUGGAGCAAAUUGGACAUCCGUGAAGCGUUCCUGCAAAUUGAGCUGGCGGAAGAAUCACGAGACGCUACAACGUUCAUCACUCCUCAAGGACUUUUCCGUUUCAAACGUCUACCGUUCGGGCUGAUUUCGGCUCCAGAAUUGUUCCAGAAGGCGAUGGAUGAAAUUCUCACCGGAUGUGAAGGUACAUCUUGGUAUAUCGAUGACGUAAUUGUAGAAGGAGAGACUUUGGAGGAACAUGACGAACGGCUGCAGAAGGUACAAUAAUGAUUAUUUGUAUUAACAAUUGAUUUAAAAUAAAACUAGUGUUACAAAGCAAAUAUUUGUUUUUCAGGUGUUAGCUCGUUUGAAAAAUCGGAAUGUAGAAUUGAAUUGGGAGAAGUGCCGACUACGUGUCACUGAAGUUGAUUUCCUUGGUCACAAUAUCACUCCUGAUGGUAUUAAGCCUUCUAAAUCGAAAACACAAGCACUGUUGUCUUUUCGAGAGCCUCAAAAUGAAGGAGAACUGAGAAGCUUUCUGGGUUUGGCCAAUUAUAUGAACAAAUUCAUACCGAAUUUGGCCACGAUUGACGAGCCACUCAGGAGAUUAUUAUUAAAAAAACUCUAAAUUUGAAUGGACAUUGGAACAGGCAAGAUCUUUCGAAGAGGUCAAACGAGCUAUGGGUGAUGUGAAACGCUUAGGGUUCUACAAAGUCGAAGAUCGUACAGCAAUUAUUACGGAUGCUAGCCCUGUAGGACUCGGGGCAUUAUUGGUACAGUUCGAUCAAACCGGUUCACAUCGGGUCAUCAGUGCAGCUUCCAAAUCGUUAACGGAAACAGAACGUCGGUACUGUCAAACCGAAAAAGAAGCUCUCGCGAUUGUGUGGGGUGUGGAACGUUUUCAAAAUUACGUACUUGGUAAAAUGUUCGACAUAUUUACCGAUUGUAAAGCUUUAAGUUUUCUUUUCACAAAACGUUCUAAGCCUUGCGCCCGCAUAGAGCGCUGGGUUCUAAGACUGCAGAUGUUUGACUACAGAGUCAUUCAUAUUUCGGGACAAGACAAUGUUGCCGAUAGUCUUUCGCGAUUGGCUGUUUUAGAGCCUAAACCGUUUGAUUCCUCCGAAGAAAUUUGGAUACAGGAAGUCGCUCUACAGGCGGCAAAGUCUUCUGCUCUUUCUUGGAAGAAUAUUGUUGAAGCUUCAAGAGAGGAUCCCGAUAUUCAACAAGUACUGGAAAUCUUAUUGCAGGGAGAUUUACAGAAACUUCCUUUAGAAUUUCGAGUUGUUGCCAAUGAACUAUGCGAAGUAGAAAAUGUGCUUUUGAGAGCAGACAGAAUUGUCAUUCCACGACAAUUACGUGAAAAAGUUUUGGAAACUGCCCACGAAGGUCAUCCAGGUAUAACUAUGA